AUGCCUGAAAGCCAACAAAAAAAUACUUUAAGAGAUGAAAAAAGAAGAUAAAAGGAAAAAGAAUAUUAGAGAAAUGGAUGCAUAUUGCAUUUUACUAGAUAAAUAAGAAAAAAGUGGUAAAAAGAAAGAGAUGAAAAAAUCAAAUGAUA